AUGGCGUCCCGCACAUGGACUAAAAAGAACCCGCUUUCAGCAUAUGUUAAUAAUCUCCCCAGUUGUGAUUUCACCUCAUGCCAUAUUGCUAACUUUGCAGGCUGGUUCAAAGCAUUCCUGCAGAAACCCAAGAAAGACUCAGACCUCUCAGGGAGAUCCUUAAACAAUGCUCCUGAAUCUUCGGCCUCCUUCUCUUUGCCGCCUCUGGUGAGAAGCUCUUCUUCUUUGGCAGUCAGUCCCAAACAAGUGUCCUCUACCUCCCAGGUGAACACAAGCCGCUCUGAAAGCAUCCGCCGGAGCAAACUCUAUGACGUCUGCAUCUGCCACAAUGAGGGUGACCUGGAAUUUGUGGAGAAGCUGGUCUCCUACCUGGAGAGCCAGCCUGAACACUUCCGUUGCUUUCUUCAGCCAAGGGACGCGACUGUGGGGAGUGCCAUUGUCACGGAGCUCUGUGAUGCUGUCCGGAACAGCCACUGCUGGGUGCUGCUCAUUACACCCAAGUUCCUCACGGAUCCCUGGUGCCGUUACCAAAUGCAUCAUGCCUUGACAGAGGCACCCAUGGCAAAUGGACGCACCAUUCCUGUGCUGAAGGACAUGGACCGUAAAGACUAUCCCAGGGAGCUCAGGUGCAUCUAUUACAUCAGUGUGGCGAUCUGGGAGACUAGCUUCAAACAGAUCAAAGAAACACUGAUCCGUUAUCUACAAGAACUCUGUGAAAAUACAAGCAAAACAGAUUGACUCAAAGGUUCUGUCUGGAAAAGACUGGAUCUUGGUCCACAUGGGAUUGAUGAAGAAAUCUUCGUUGUGCUCUGUCUCCAGAGAAGAUUUGUCUUGCUAUACAAAGGACAGAUUCUGUGCUAUCUGGGAAAGACAUCCAUUUGCUAUGUUUCUGGGUUGCUUUUUGUUUUGGUAGUCCUAAAUAGAAUCAUCAUGAUUUUGGUGUUUGGUGCUAUUACCUGUGAGCCUCUUCUAAGACACUGCAGUAUGAAAUCCUCCCUCGCAGCCAGCCAUGCUCUGCUCUGCUCUGCUCUGCUCUCACUGAGUUUUGUGUGCCCCUCAACAGCCAGAUAACAUUCCGGGGGCAUUGAAUGCAUUCAAUUCCCAUUUGGUGGUUUGUGGUCUCCCUUCUCUUAGACUUUGUAGGAAAAUAUUGUUUUAUACCUCCAGACUUGCCAAUACCUCUCUCUUUCCCCGGCUGAUUCUGCUUUAGCUCUAUCAGAACCUUACACUUGGAUUUCAGAAAUAGGACAAUUUUUAAAAUGACUAUGAAUUCUAGACUCCACAGUUCAGAAACAAAUUACUUUUUUGAACUACAAAUCCCAGAAUCCUCUAGCCAGUGUCACCUUAGGGACCUGUAGUUGAAAAAGUAAUAUUUCUAAGCUCUGCUAAAGAGUAGUAUCUCUGCACGCAUGGCAAAAGCUGGAACCUAUCCUAGAAAGAUCACUUCAGCAUGUAGUGCUUCAUGUGUUCAUAUUGAGCGUAUGUCCUUGUUACAAUUUUUUUUUAAAUGGUGCUUUCCCAGACUGCCCAAAGCUAAGACUAACGUCAUCAUUUUUUUAAAUCUUCUGUAUCAUUUUCUCACCUUUGCCUGAUGAAGAAGCCAGUGGAGCUUUGAAAGCUUGCAGCAUGUAUAAUGUACAUUUUGGUUGGCCCCAUAAAUGUAUCACUGUUUUAUGGGUUUUGGAUGAUGCAGUACUUUGAUAUAUGGCCAACACAGCUACCCUGUAUAUGUUUUAUCAAAGUGAUGGAUUACAGCCUCAAGCUUGCAUUCAUAUUCAGAUUUCUAACAAAUGCUAUUUAAGGGAGGAGGACAGCACUUUAACAGAAUCUACUUUAACAGCUGGAUUCAUUUUCCUCUGUGCAAUCUUGUUUCUACAAUUAUAUCACCUUAUGGCAGAAAGAUGGAGAAAAUAGAUCCAGCCCUAGACAGUCCGCUAUUAAAGGUAUUACAAUCAAAUAUUGCUGCCUUCUUAAGGACAAAACCCAUUGUUUUGUCCCUUAUCCCACAUCUAUGAUGCAAGCCUGAACGUUACAUUUUGCCCCUCAUCCUUGAUGAAUAUGUCUGCCUUCCUUCUUUCCCAUCUGUCUGUCUUUUCUUUUUUGCUUGGUUUUUACAUACCAGACCACCUUCUUCUGCAGAAGGAUUUGUUCCUGGAACUUAUUGAUGGAAAAGUUAAACUAACGAUUGAUCUUUGCUGAGGUCCUCUUACACUUAAAACAGAAAGUUAUCACAGUAAUGAAACAUGCUAAAAAUUUUCAGUUGAAGCAAAAAAGGUCAAAUGUGCUACUAUGCGCAAGGGAUUUAAAGGGUUCUUUUAAAAAGCCCAAACAAACAGAGGGACAUUCUAGCCAAAGGUAAACAUUUUUAAAUCUCAUUGAUUUCAAAUUAAGAAUGAUUUGCAGGGCAUUCCAACCAGGUCUGUGAGAUGAAGGAAUAUGCUGCUGCUACUGGUUGCAGACUAUGUCAAAUCCCUUGUGACAUCUGACCAUGUUCUAUAGCUGCAUUUUUCUUAAUGAUUUCUUUCCCUUUCCCUUCAGUUUUUCAACUGUGGUCAGUUACUGAUUACUGUGACCAACUGGGAACAAAAAGGAGCCAUAUCCUUUUCCGAUCUUCCCACUGUGGCCAUAAUCGUGAUUAUACGUGGAGGUGAAGGGUGCCAUUUCUUUAUUGUAUGGUUACCAUGGAUGACUAAAACAGCAUACAUUUCUUAUAGCUUUGAUUAUU